AUGAGUGUGAACAUCCCAGGCGUUGCAGUGAUGGUGCUUUUCUACCUGCUGGUGCUUGGCAUUGGCAUCUGGGCCUCUAUGAAGACGAAGAGGAUGCGUAAGAACAGGCAGGCAAAUCAGAUGGACAUAACACUGCUGGGAAAUAGAAAGAUACAUCUCACAGUGGGAGUUUUCACCAUGACAGCUACUUUCAUUGGAGGAGGAUUUAUUGUUGGACUAAGUGAGGUAGUUUACAAUCCAGACUUGGGACUGGCCUGGGCUGUCAUGCCAAUUACAAUCAGCUUAUCUUUUCUGAUAGGAGGACUCGUCUUCGCCAAGCCAAUGAGAGAGAAAAAGUAUGUGACAAUGAUGGACCCGUUCCGUGAGAAAUAUGGAACGAUAAUAAGUGGCAUCCUGUCUGUGGCACUGAUAAUGGCUGAUCUUGUGUGGGUGCCUUCAACUCUCAUUGGCUUGGGUGCGUCAAUGAGUGUGAUCUUGGAUUUGUCAUACGUGCAUUGUAUUUGGAUUUCGGCUGCAGUGGCCAUUGUCUACACAUUGCUGGGGGGACUCAUUUCUGUAGCCUACACAGACAUUGUACAGCUGAUGCUAAUGUUCUUUGGUCUGUGGCUAUGCGUCCCUUUUCUGCUGAUGAACCCAUAUUCAGCAGACAUCACUACGACGGCUUUCAACUUUACUUACCAAGCCCCCUGGGUCACUUCUGUUGAAUCAGACAGAAUGUGGAGGUGGAUUGAUCAGUUUUUGCUGUUGAUUUUUGGAAACCUAGCCUGUCAAGACUACCACCAGAGGAUUCUGUCAGCCUCUUCUUCAGCCACAGCCAGGAUCAUCGGCUUCGUUGCAGCGCCAAUCGUCCUAGUCUUUUCAAUCCCAUCUAUCCUGAUUGGAGCAGUUGCAGCAUCCACAGACUGGAAUAAGACGGAAUAUGGAUCACCAUCUCCAUUUGAACGUGGACAGACCAGUCUUAUAAUGCCGAUCACUUUGCAGCACCUCACCCCAAAUUACAUAUCCAUCAUUGGAAUUUCGGCAACCACUGCUGCGGUUAUGUCAUCAAUUGACUCGCUUCUACUGGCAGCAGUGUCUCUCUUUGUGUCCAACAUUUACAAGCGUAUUCUAAGAACAGAGGCAUCUAAUAGAGAAGUACAGUGGGUGAUCAAGAUUACUGUGCUCUUGACGGGUCUCGCAGGUACAUCCCUUGCUUUCCUCGAGGUCAGCAUUAUGUCAUACUGGGUCCUCGGAUCCACCAUAACUUACGUCUUUCUGUUUCCUCAACUCAUUUGUGUCCUCUUCUUUGACAUCUCAAAUGGCUACGGCGCCAUGUCGGGCCUCUUUAUUGGGGGGAUGUUGCGGCUACUGAGCGGAGAGCCGUCUCUGGGGUUACCUGUUACCCUCCCUUUUCCGGGGUGCACACUUCAAAAUGGAACGUAUGUGCAGCACGCGCCUGUUAGUUCUAUUUGCAUGUUUUUCAAUUUUUGCUCCACUUUGUUGGUCUCCUACCUGGCUUCCCUGCUGUUCAAAAAGGGACUGAUCCCAGAGAGAUUUGACAUAUGUAAGGUGAAAACCCAACAGUCACAAUAG